AUGGAUUUGAUAGAAGUCGUUCCCGAACUCGGUCUCACUUCCGUGCUGCCCAUGCUACUAGGUCUAGUUUUCGCAGUCCUCUUGAGCAAAUGGAUCUUCCGGCUCUACUUCCAUUCAUUACGCCACGUCCCUGGCCCGAAAAUAGCGGCAUGUACCUCACUCUGGCUUGCAUACCACACAUUCAUCGGUGAUGAGUGCACUACCAUAUUCAACCUGCACCGUAAAUAUGGUCCCACGGUGCGGGUUGCGCCCAACGACGUCGAUAUCGCCAGUGGGGAAGCCAUCAAGCCAAUCUAUGUGGCCAAUGGGGGAUUUCCCAAGGCGCCCGCAUAUUCCAAGUAUGAUAUCGAUGGACACCCCUCUAUCUUCUCCACGCUUACGCGCUCCGAGCGAGGCGCCCGAGCGAAAGCGGUCUCUCCGCUAUUUUCUACCGUAUCAAUGCGGCAAUCCGAACAAGAACUGUCCAAAGUAUUUGAGGAGUUUGUGGACCAGCUGCGGCUCGAGGCAAAAACGGGAAGGCCGGUCAAUGUACUCCAUGUGACUCGAUGUCUGGCCGUUGAUGCCCUGAACAUGUAUCUAUUCCAACGGCCCUACGGGGCUCUCGGGGGCAAGUCUCCAUUGCCAUCCACGGAGGCAUUUGAGGCCAUCGAUCGAUUCUUAACUCUCGCCCCAGGGAAGAUUGCGAGCUUGAUCACCAUGGCUUUUGAGUGGUUCAUGGCAAAUGAACUCACGGAGAAAUCGAUGGAUUUAACGGACAGCAUUGUCUGUCAGAUAGUGAAUACAUCAUCGCCCAAGACCGGAAGCUACCAGAGCCGGCUAUUAGAAAAGCAAUCUGUCAAACAGACGCAGGUUGAGGUCAAAGAUCUCUUCUUUGCUGGAGCAGAUGCUGCCGGUAUGAACAUGGCUACCAUUUUGUGGUAUCUGGCUAAAUACCCCGAAAUAUACUCUCGACUUUGUGAUGAAAUCCAGAGUUGUGUCCAUAAAGGCGAAGAUGCCAUGUCCUGUGACUACCUCCGCGGCACUGUCCGAGAAGGGCUACGGCUAUCAUUGGCAAACCCCUGUCGGUUCCAGCGCAGUGUGCCUCAGGGAGGAUGGUCCUUUCAUCAAUAUCACUUUCCUGCUGGUACAAGCGUUGGAGUUUCUGCCUUUCACCUCCAUCAAGAUGAGGAUGUCUUCCCGAUCCCAUCGCGAUUUAUGCCGGAACGCUGGUUUCAACCGACAGAAGCGAUGUUGAACCAUUUCUUCCCAUUUGGAAAAGGUACUAGGGCAUGUCUUGGACAAAGUCUGGGCAACUUGGAAGUGACUAUGGCGACGCUGUAUGUGGCUCAGUCAGGAUUGCUUGAGGGUGCAACUGUGGCGGAAGACAAGAUUGAAAUCAAGGAAUGGUUCAAUUGUCGGCCGAAAGGGGGCGAAAUUAACAUUCACUUGAGCUCUAAGCAAGAGAAAGUCUGUUGA